AUGGCAGAAGGAAAAGCUCUAGAGGUAGCAUCAAUCAAAGGUGGCCAAAGAUUUGAGAGGAGAAAGAAGUUGAAAUUUGGACUGGAAGGAACUGGGGGGGUAAGCGGUGCUGUUAAUGCCAUCAUGUUGCUUGAUAUAUUCCUUCACCCCACAGCUACCCUCUACUUUGAUUUUAUCAUACCAGUUCCUGCCAUGCUGCUGGGAAUCUUUCUAAUUGGAAAGGAUAUCUUAAGAAUAAUGGAGGGAAACAGUCAGAUCUUGGGAUCUGCAUACUUGGGUGGUGCGGCAGCAGCAGCCAUAGCCUGGGCAAGACUUCGAAAGGGGGGUGAUUUAUUCUAG